AUGGCCAGAUUCCUCUACCUCCUCCUGAUCUCCCUGCUCCCUGUCUCUGUUUCCGGAUGUGCUCCGGGUACUGGAUCUCUCGGCACAAAAGGAACUUUCGAGUACGAUCUGAUUCCUCCGAUUCUGUACACCUACUCGUCCAACGACAUUUCGCACGGACAGAUAUCCGCAGAGUACGCCACUCGAGUCUUGACUUCGGACCUUCAGAAUGCGGUGAGAAUUGGCAAAUGAAGCUUGAGUAUUCUGACUGUUUUCAGAUCGACGAGGUGCUCCUGGCGAACAGCAUUCCCUCGAACGACGUCUCGCCCCCUGUCACCACAUUCACUCCACCAGACGUCGAUAUCAUUGACGGCUCGGCCUGUACCGAGUCGACGAGUAUCCUCUAUCUUCUGUACAACAACGUCGUCUACUACAAGUGCGAAAACAGCAAAAAGACAGUGUUCUCUGUGGCGCUGAAAGUGCAGAUCACAGCCGUUCAGGCGAUUUACGAGAGUCAGUGGGAAGCGUUGGCGGACCAAGUUGCCGAUAAACUGACGACCAAGAGGAACGCCCAGUUCAACGGCCCGACCAUCGUGACAGUCACAUAA